GUCGCCUGAAUCUUAGCUUGUAGCAGUCCAGCACAACCACCAUGUUACAACGCUGGCACAUUCUCUCCUUCCUCCUUGCAGCCUUGUCUGCCCCUUCGUUUUCUUUAGCAGAUUCGUCUUUUGAAAAUACCGCCAUUGUGCGCACUGUUGACCUCGGAGGUUCGCUCGUACACGUCACAACAACUUAUGCUGUGAAAGCACUCGAGCCUGGCCAAACGGUUUAUCACAUUGCUCUUGAUGAGAAUGAGAGACACAAAACGAGCUGGAUCGAGGCGAAAGUAAAGGGACAACAGGGCGCACUCCGAAUGGAAGAACUCGCUCAGGACGAGGAUAGCAAAUCUCAUUUGUUUGCUGUCACUCUCCCAAAGAAACUUGGUGUCAAUGGGACCAUCAAUCUUGUGCUCGACACAGUCCAGACUCAUGCAACAUAUCCGUGGCCGCAGAGUGCUGCUCAAAAGGACCCCCAAAGCCUAAAGUAUGAGAGCGACUUGUUCAUUGUUAGCCCUUACCACACGGCAGUGCAACGGACAAAAAUCAAGCCAUCUUCUCCCACCGUCUUGUCGUACACCACCCCCGAGAACGUGGACCAAUUCACUUUGGAAAGUCCAGUGACAAAAUCAGGAACCACGAUCACCUACGGACCGUUCCACAACAUACCCUCAUCAUCCAACGCCGAGUUCAUUGGAGAACACCAGCAGGUUGUCGUCGUUCACUACAAUUUCGACUAUCCUGUCCUGGAGAUCAAGAAACUUCAACGUUCCGCUGAGAUUAGUCACUGGGGAUCAAACCUCAACAUCGAGGACAAAAUUCACCUUUACAAUGCAGGUCCAACCUUGAAAGGCCAUUUCUCAAGGCUGGAGCACCAGAGUCAAAACUUCUACCGCACGCUUGGUCCUCACAUCCUAGCGAGUUUGACCUUGUACCUUCCUGCUGGAAUUCGCAACACCUAUUUCUAUGACAUCAUCGGAAAUGUGUCCACCUCCCACUUGCGGACAGCACCUUCUGUUGGAAAAAAUGCUAGGGGUAACCAGUUCAGUGUCCUUGAAAUGCGACCGCGAUACCCUAUUAUGGGUGGCUGGAAUUAUACUUACACGCUCGGAUGGGAUGCUCCUUUGGAAGACUCGGUGGGCUGGGAUGCAGCGAACGAGAAGUACAUUGUUGGAGUUCCCGUUAUGACCGUUAUUCCGGGGACAGUAGUCACCGAGGCAGAAGUCAAGAUCGUUCUACCAGAGGCUGCUACCGACAUUGAAUUUAUCUCUCCCUUCCCUGCACUUUCUAGUAGCAUUUCGACGCAUAUCACAUAUCUCGACACCACUGGCAGGCCUGCCGUUUCAUUAGAGUAUAAAGACCUCACGGACAAACAUAAUGGGAUUAUCUACGUCGCGUACAAAGUACCCCUCUCCGCUCAUUUGAAGAAGCCCUUGGCAGUAGCUACCGCUUUCCUAGGUGUCUUCGUAUUCGCUCUCACUGCGAGGCGUGUCGACUUGAGACUUCAUAAAAGAUGAUGUAACAAUAGAUACAUAGGCUAAGCAAUCACACAAAACUUUUCCUUCUUCCAUACAA